CAGCUGGGAGACAGAGGAAGUCACCUCUGAGCGAAACUGCUGAGCCAGAGCCAGAAGAGCGGCUCUGAGAGGCAGCAGCUGGGUCCCUGGGGAGAUGCUGCUUCCGUGGCUCCUGUGGCUUGUGGUCCUCUGCCCGGGGGGCGGCGGUGAGGCAGCCUUUCAAGGGCCCACCUCUUACCACGUCAUCCAGAUCUCGUCCUUUGCCAACAGCAGCUGGGCGCAGAACCAAGGCUCAGGAUGGCUGGGUGACUUACAGCUCCAAAGCUGGGACAGCGACGCGGGCAGGGCGGUUUUCCUGAAGCCCUGGUCCAAAGGCAACUUCAGUGAGGAGGAGGUGACCGGGCUGGAGGAGGUGUUCCAGGUCUACCUCAACGGGUUCAUCCUGGAAGUACAGGACCAUGCCCAUGAGUUCCAGAUGGAAUAUCCCUUUGAGAUCCAGGGGAUAGCAGGCUGUAGUCUGCAUUCCGGUGGGGGCACGGUGAGCUUCCUGCGGGGAGCGUUAGGAGGAGUGGACUUUCUGAGCAUCAAGAAUCACUUCUGUGUGCCCGCCCUGGAGGGUGGAAGCCGGGCACAGCGCAUCUGCGCGCUCAUCCAUCAGUACGCGGGCAUCCGGGACAUCGCGGGGAAGCUCCUCUUUGAAACCUGCCCUCAGUAUCUCCUGGGUGUCCUCGAUGUGGGGAAGGCAGAACUGCAGAGACAAGUGAAGCCCGAGGCCUGGCUGUCCACUGGCCCCAGUCCCGGUCCUGGCCGUCUGCUCCUUGUGUGCCAUGUGUCCGGCUUCUACCCAAAGCCAGUGUGGGUGACGUGGAUGCGGGGUGAGCAGGAGCAGCCGGGCACCCGGCGCGGCGACAUCCUGCCCCACGCUGACGAGACGUGGUAUCUUCGGGUGACCCUAGAUGUGGCGGCCGGGGAGGCGGCCGGCCUGUCUUGCCGAGUGAGGCACAGCAGUCUAGGAGGCCGGGACAUGGUCCUCCACUGGGGAAACCCCGUCUCCAUCGGCUUGAUAUCUUUGGCGAUAAUAGUGCCCUUGUUCAUCCUUUUGACGGUUCCUACAUUGUGGUUUUUGAGGCGCCGGUCGUAUCAGAGUAUAUGAUGGACUCCUCUUCCAUUUGGAAUAAACGCUCAGAAGCCCAGAAGCUCAAGUUGUCAGCCUGGGAGAUGAUCGCAUCAUAUUUCAUCAAAUAAUCCUCUUGGUUGGUCACAUCAGAGUUCCCAUAGGAUGUGAGAUAAAUCACUAUUCAUAACUGGCAGACAAAUAAUAGAAAACCACAAAUUUAUUAUGAGAUGGUGUCAAUAGUACGAUUCACCCUGAUCUCCUACGUGUGAGAUGUGGGAAAGAAUGUGUUUCAGAAUAAAUGACACAUGAUACUCCUUACUGGUGACGUCCCUUUGGUUUCCUAUUAUAAAACUUUUUUUCUGCUUCUGCUAAAAUGUCAUUUGCCAAAGGAAGUUAACUACAAUUAUGCUGGGAUCAUCGUAUUUGCAGAGAUGCUGAGCAUGUUUAACACCGUUUCUCUGUCUCCGCCUGGAUGACUUUCUAACCCUCGAGGUCCAGCUGGGAUGUCUCUUCCUCUAGGAAGCUUUCCUUAGCGGUGGAGUGGAAAUGACCCUCCCUUGUCCGGUGUCAUGCAGUGACCUACUUCA